GCUGGCGCCUUUAAGAGUAAAGCAAUGGCAGAUCAGCAACAUGAGGCGGCACCAGAAAGUGUAAUGUGACUAAACACAAACCGAAGCAGCAGAGACACUUCGCCAGCGAAGCCAAACACCCUCGUUAGCCGUCUGUGCUGCGCUGCAUAGGAACAAGAUAUGGCUACUGCUGGCAGCGUGCUGUCCAAGGAGCAGCUUCUUUGUCCCAUCUGUUUGGACUUGUUCAACCAGCCAGUGUCCACUCCCUGCGGGCACAACUUCUGCAGAGACUGCAUCAACACAUAUUGGCGGAGUUCUGAUGUGUCCCACUGCCCCUUGUGCAAGCAGAAGUUCUACCAGAGGCCCGACCUCAAAGUCAACACAUUCAUAUCAGAGGUGGCUUCUCAGUUCAAGAAGAUGGCGGAACUAACAGAUAAAGAUGGAACCAGUGCGGUAGACACCAAAGGAAGUAUUUCAUGUGAUGUCUGCAUUGGAAGGAGAGUCAUGGCUCUAAAAUCUUGCCUGGACUGUUUCGCCUCUUUCUGUGAGGCUCACCUGGAGCCUCACCAUGUUUUGGGCACCUUGAAGAAACACCACCUGAUCAAUCCACUGGCGAACAUGCAAGACAGAGUGUGCAGGAAACAUGAGAAGCUCUUGGAUUUGUUCUGUAGCACCGAUCAGACCUGCGUGUGCCAGAUGUGCACCAGGAAAGACCACAGGUCCCAUCACACGGUGCCCAUAGACGAAGAGAGCAGAGUGAGGAGAGCCCAGAUAGGAAAGACGAAAGACGAGUUGGAGAAAAUAAUUGAGAGCCGCCUGCAGAACAUCAACAAGAUCAACCAGACCAUUCAGCUCAGCAGAGGAAACACUGAAAAGGAGAUUGAGGACAGUUUGCAAGUCUUCAAUAAACUUCUGUACCUUGUCCAGAGAGGCCAAGUGGAGGUGGUGGAGGCGAUUAGUGCGAAGCAGACGCAAAUCGAAGUCAAUGCCAGUGGACUUAUCAUAGAAGUGGAGCAGGAGGUCCAUGAGCUGAGAAGCAGAAGCACGGAGCUGGAGCAUUUCCUGCACAUCGAAGACGACCUCUACCUCAUCAACAACUCUCCAUCAGUCUCCUCACUCCCAGCCACGAACUGGCCUGACACCUGUUUGGAGAGUGCUGUGUAUGUGGGCGAGCUGAGGCGAGCGGUGAGGAGAGUUGCCUGUCAGCUGGAGGAGGCAGUGAAGGCCGAGGUGCGGAGGCUGUGCGAGGCUGAGUUCCAGAGGGCUCGGCAGUGCGCCGUGGAUGUGACUCUGGACCCAGACACAGCCCACCCCAAGCUGGUGCUCUCUGACGACAACAAGCAGGUCUAUCACGGCGACGUGGCCCUGAGUCUCCCAGAUACCCCGGAGAGGUUUUACCCCUGCAUUAGCGUUCUGGGGAAGGAAGGCUUCUCCUCGGGCAGGGUCUAUUUUGAGGUGCAGGUGAAGGGGAAGACAGAGUGGGAUAUUGGAGUUGCUCUUGAAUCCAUCAACAGGAAAGGAGGGAGUGUGCUGAACCCCGAAAGUGGCUACUGGUCCAUGGGAAUGAGAAAGGACGAGAGCUACUGGGUGCUGAGCAGCACUCCCAUCAGCCUGCCGCUGACCGAGAAGCUCCAAGUGGUCGGGGUGUACGUGGAUGUGGAGUGGGGGCAGGUUUCUUUUUACAGUGUGGACUCUGCUUCUCAUAUCUACUCAUUCACUGGUUGCUCAUUCAGUGAGAGACUAUUCCCCUACUUUAACCCGCAUCGUAAUCAUGAACAGGUCAAUUCUGCCCCUUUGGUCAUUUUACCCGUCCAUGUCAAAAGAUCUGUGUGAAUGUUUUUAAGAUAGUGUUUGUUUCUUUGUUUGCCUGAAUAAAGGUUUGUGUAUU